CUUCUUCUUCCCAAAUCUCCUUUUUUUCCAGCGCCGAAAAUUUUUCUCUCCAAACCCUAGCUUCGUUCUUCGACUUUUCCUCCUCGAAUUUCACCAAAUUUUUCCAAAAUUCAUCAUUGAAUGAUUGAAUAAUAUUAUUAGUACAGUCUGCUGUACUGCCAUUGUCCUUUGCUCGCUCACAGUAGCGAAACAUUAACUUUGUUAACCUUAAAUUGAAAUCGUCUUGUUAUUUCUUCCAAGCUUGAUUCACAUACAGUUCAAACUCGCCGGGAUGAAAGGUUUUAGAAGGUUGAUAUCGCAAGCUGCGCUGUGUUGUAGCAAGAAUUGGAUUCUCAAAUCAUACGCAGCAAGAAAUGGAGGUCUUCGAGCUUAUCGUAGCAUUCUCUAUUCAUCGAAAGUGCUUUCUUCAUUUUCUGGUUUUACUUCGUUGAAAUCAACACCUCUUCGUUCUUCGCCAUACAGGACUCCAUUGUCGAUUAUUGGAGGGCAAAGAAGAACCAUGUUCAUACAAACACAAUCAACACCCAAUCCAUUGUCACUUAUGUUCUAUCCGGGAAAGCCAGUUAUGGAGACUGGAAGUGCAGAUUUUCCAAAUGCUCGUUCUGCAAUGAAUUCACCACUCGCUAAGGCUCUGUUUGGAAUUGAUGGGAUAACACGCGUAUUUUUUGGAUCUGAUUUUGUAACUGUGACAAAAUCCGACGAUGCGACCUGGGACUUGCUCAAACCAGAAGUUUUUGCAGCAAUAAUGGAUUUCUAUGCAUCAGGGGACCCGCUUUUUCUGGAUUCAAAAACUGCAGCGUCCAUGGACACAGCUAUCAAGGAAGACGAUUCAGAGACAGUUGCAAUGAUCAAGGAACUCUUGGAGACUCGUAUUCGCCCUGCGGUACAGGAUGAUGGUGGGGAUAUUGAGUACAGAGGGUUUGAUGAGGAUACUGGAAUAGUUAAAUUGAGGAUGCAAGGAGCAUGUAGUGGAUGCCCUAGCUCCUCUGUCACCCUCAAAUCUGGCAUUGAAAACAUGCUGAUGCACUAUGUGCCCGAGGUUAAAGGGGUGGAACAGGAAUUCUAUGAAGAUGAUUCCCCGGUCUUAACUGGAGCACCCCACGAGUAAAUUACCUCUUAUGACAAACUCUUACGUGGUCAUAUGGUCCAUAUUCAAUUUAUGGAUCUCAGUGCAUUGAUAUCAUAAAAGAAUUAGGCCGUUUACAAAAAGGAAAAAAUUCUAUUGCUAGUUCAUAAAAAAUGUGAGAAGGCCUAUAUUUUACAUGUAGACUUUAACACCAUAGAAGAAAAACUCAUUUGUCAUACAUUUUGUUUUGGUUUUCACGUGUAGUGAAAAGUAAUACUCCGUAGUACCUUGAAUUAUUAUCAUCAAUCACAUUGAAUUGCUUGCAGGGUAUAUCUGAUUUGUGAUGAGAAUAACAUGUAUAUCAAAAAUAAAUCUUUCUUCCUAGU